CAAGUGUCGCUUCGCUCUCUCCGGCGCACUUGGCGAGCCGCUGAGGUGAGCGGCCGCGGCGCGGCGAGUCCGGAGCGGGCGGCUGAGGGGAGGCGCGGACACACCGACGCUCCCCGCUCCUCCGCCCGCGUCUCCCCCUCGUGUCCGCCGGACCUGCACCCCACGCUUGCCCCCCGCUCUCGUCCUCCCCCCCGCACCCGGCCCCGCGCGCUCCUCCCCGGCCGGCCCCUCGGCGCGCGGCGCGCUGGAGGCGAACGCGGGCUGAGCCGAGCGCAGUGGCCGCCGACCCCGCCGAGCACCCCGCGCCGCUCCCUGCAUGUGCGGCCCGCGGUGGCUCGCAGCCCCCGGCAGCAGCCUCGGCAGCUUCGGCCGCGCCUCGAGAGGCGGCUGCAGCGGCGGCUCCAGUGGCGGCCGAGCGGCCGAGCCCGGGCUGGGAGACAGGAUGCGCCGCGUCCUCCGGCUGCUCCUCGGCUGCUUCCUCACCGAGCUGUGCGCCCGCGUGUGCCGGGCGCAGGAGCGAGCGGGGCACGGGCAGCUGGCGCAACUGGGCGGCGUGCUGCUGCUGACCGGGGGCAACCGCUCCGGGGCCGCCUCAGGAGAGGUCGGCGAAGGCGCGGGGGUCUCGGACGCGCCCCCGACCCGGGCGCCCACGCCAGACUUCUGCCGCGGCUACUUCGAUGUCAUGGGCCAGUGGGACCCGCCGUUCAACUGCAGCUCGGGCGACUUCAUCUUCUGCUGCGGGACUUGUGGCUUCCGGUUCUGCUGCACGUUUAAGAAGCGGCGGCUGAACCAAAGCACCUGCACCAACUACGACACGCCGCUCUGGCUCAACACGGGCAAGCCCCCCGCGCGCAAGGACGACCCCCUGCACGACCCCACCAAGGACAAGACCAACCUCAUCGUCUACAUCAUCUGCGGGGUGGUGGCCGUCAUGGUGCUGGUGGGCAUCUUCACCAAGCUGGGGCUGGAGAAAGCGCACCGGCCCCAGAGGGAGCACAUGUCCAGGGCCCUUGCGGAUGUGAUGAGGCCCCAGGGGCACUGCAGCACUGACCACAUGGAGAGAGACCUUAACAUCGUUGUUCACGUCCAGCAUUAUGAAAACAUGGACACGAGGACUCCCAUAAAUAAUUUACACACUACCCAGAUGAACAACGCCGUGCCCACCUCUCCUCUGCUGCAGCAGAUGGGCCACCCGCAUUCGUAUCCCAGCCUGGGACAGAUCUCAAACCCCUAUGAGCAGCAGCCACCGGGCAAAGAGCUCAACAAGUACGCCUCCUUAAAGGCAGUCGGAAGUUCUGAGGGUGACUGGACAGUGGCGACACUUAAGUCACCGAAAGCUGACAAAGUCAAUGACGACUUCUACUCCAAACGACGGCACCUGGCAGAGCUGGCCGCCAAGGGGAACCUCCCUCUGCACCCCGUGAGAGUAGAGGAUGAACCUGGGGCUUUCAGCCCUGAGCAUGGCCCUGCCAAGCAGAAUGGACAGAAGUCUCGCACCAACAAGAUGCCCCCGCACCCCCUGGCCUACAACUCCACCACCAACUUUAAGGGCUGGGAGCCUGGUGAGCAUUCUCUCCGACGGCAGGCCUAUGGAAACAAAAACAAGCUUGGCACGGCGGAGUCAGGCUCCAGUGACCCCUUGGGAACUCGUACCCAGCACUACCCACCCCCACAACCAUACUUCAUCACCAACAGCAAAACAGAAGUGACUGUCUGAGCUUUGCUACAGGGAAGUUCCCUGGAGACCACACUCAACUGAGAGAGGCAAAAAAUCCCAGCCCCUACCUUUCCCUACCCCUACUCCACCCCCCAAACACACACCCACACAUUCUCAACAGGAACCCACUGUAGACCUACUGGUGACACGGAAUCACAUUUUUCCUGAGUCACGCCUAACACGCUUCGGCAGGCAGCUGAGAAGGACAGGAGCAUGGACAUUCAGCAAUACAGCAAAGGGGAAACAGAGGCACACUCUUUUUAAUGUCAAGCCCCGUGGUGGCCAACUCAUAUGCCCAAACC